UUUCAUUUUUUAAUUUAAUUUUACUCAGGUAGCUUAUAGUUAACAGCACAAUGAGUGGAAAUACAUUGGAAGUUGAUGGAAAUAAGGGGUUCACAAAUUUAAAUGAAAGAAUUCCGAGCGACCUUUGUGGUUUGGAUUUCAGUUUUCAUACAUUUAAUAAGAUGUAUAUCCAAGACAUUAUUAAUUUGGAAGCAUGCAAUAUUAUUCCAGGAAUGUAUUGGUAUAAAAAGCAUCCAAUUUAUAAAGUGGACAUCAUUGGAGUUGUAGUAAAAAGACAAGAAAAUAUAAAAUGUUUUGUUUAUGCAGUUGAUGAUGGAACUGGUGUCAUCACUUGCUGCUGUUGGAAAACCAGAAUGAAAAAACAAAGUCCAGAAGAAACUGAACACUUAAUAAAGGGAGGUAGCAAGCUACCAAAAGUGUUGAAGGAGAAGGUCUCAGCCAUUAUGAUGUCUGAAAGUAAAAAGAAUGAGGGUUAUUAUCUUGGAGACUUGGUCCAUGUCCGUGGUAAAAUUAGAAUCUUCAGGGAGGAGCGAGAAGUUAUGGCAUCUUAUCAUAAUAAAAUUGAAGAUCCUAAUAUGGAGAUUGUCAGAAUGGCAGAACUUCCAGUGCUGUACAGAACAUUGUAUGACGUGGAUACUUUACCAAAGAAAGUCCUGGAAGAGCUCUCAGAAAUGUCUCUAGGCAACAGUAUAAGAGGAUACCAAGGAGAGAUUGCACCUGAAUUAAAAAGACUUUUACUGAUUUACAUGGAGGAGCAACAACCAGAUGAAAUAAAUAUAAAGCACAUAAGUAGUCUUCCUCAAGUGACUGAACUUUGGGAAAAGGACAGUUCAUCUGUAGACAGAGAAACUGAGUUGCACAAAGUGUUCAGUAUCCUGGAAGAAGAAGGGUGGAUAUUUGCAAAGGAGAAACACAUAGUUUACGAGGUAAUAAAACCUGGCUGUCCAAUGGAAAAUAUCAUUAUGGAUAUUCUUAAGAGAGACUGUGUGAAGGAAAAGUAUCAUGAUAAAGGUUGCCAUUACAUUCAUAUCGUAGAGGAAGUUCGAAGCAACCAGAAAUACAGUGCAAUUCCUAACUCGUGUGUCUUGGCUUGUCUGAAUAACCUGGAAUACCGAAGUGAUGUGAUUAGGACGACUAUAAAUCAUUAUAUUCUGUGUACAGUUUGACCAAGUAUUUUUGAUACAUUAA